AUGGAUGCGUCGGAUGAUCCUCAAGGUCAUCAGUUAAAUGAACUUACUGCCCAGAGACUACAGUGCUACCAGGGAUGUGCCAUCGUUCGCCUGCAGAACUUGGAGUUCGAGACGAACCCUCUGCAUGGAAGCCUGGACUUCGAUGAACGCAAGGUUGAGAGACUUCUCACUAUUUUUGAGAUUGAAGGUUGCGGCAACCUUGCGCCGGAACAUAGAGUUGCUGCCCUAAUUAACCGAGGGACCCUGUCAAAAGCGAUUUCGCAGUCAGGCAUCACAUGGGAGUCGCUCUUAGACCCAACGAUCCAACCACAACUUCUCCUCGAAUGA